UCGAACGUUGGGGUUUAGAGAAACCCUAGCACCUCUCUUCUCUUCUUGGUGCCAAAUCCUUCCGGAAACGAUCCAGGGCAAUGGGCAGGAAGAACAAGAACCAGGUGAUACUCCCGCCGGAGCUCCCGCCGGACAUCCCCGAAGAUGAAUUCGAAGUCUCCGACGAGGACGUCGCUUUUGUUAAGGAGAAUCCGGCCUACACUGGAUUCCUCACUAACCUUGACACCAAGGCCAUUGACAAGCAUGUUGUUCGGGUGGCGGAUCAUGAGGAGGAUGAAUUGGAGGCGCUGUAUGAGAAGCGGAACCUGAAGAAGGCGCUUCGUAAGGCGAACGAGGAGGUUGCUGGGCUUCAAGUAGAUCGCGUGGAUGCGCUUCCAAUUAAGACAUUGGAUGGAGAGUUGCGUUAUAGAACAGUUAAGGAGUCGGUUCCUGAAAGUAUACCCCAUGAAAAGGAAUCUGGCAAAGUUGAUGAUAAUAAAGGUGUAGCUAAGCUAACUAAAGCAGAGCGAAGGCAACUGCUGAAGAAAACCAAGAAGGAGGCCAAGAAGCAAGUAAAGGAGGAACCUAAAGUGUCUGAUGCCAAAGGACCACUCCACUCAGAAGUCUUGGCAACUGUGGAGAAGGAGCUGUCAGCUGAAGAGCUGUUCACUAAAAAGAAGAUUAGAUUAGCUGAAGUUGGAAUGUCACUGCUUGAAAAUCCUGAGGCAAAUAUCAAAUCACUGAAGGAAAUGUUACAGAUUUGUGAUGACGAAGACCCUAAUAUAGUUAAACUUGGCCUAUUGUCCUUGUUGGCUGUUUUUAAAGAUAUAAUCCCUGGCUAUCGCAUCAGGUUACCAACUGAAAAGGAGAUGCAGAUGCCAGUAUCAAAGGAUGUGAAAAAGACUAGGUUCUUUGAGUCUACACUUCUUCGUUCGUACAAGACAUACCUGCUAAAGUUGACAGACUUGGUAAAGCGGCCUUCUUUUCAGCAUGUUGCCAUUCAGUGCCUAUGCAGUUUGUUGGAAGCUGUGCCACACUUCAACUUCCGUGAGAGCUUAUUAGCUAGUGUUGUAACUAAUAUAAGCUCCAUGGAUGAUGUAGUAAGGAAAGUUUGUUGUGAUGCCGUCAGGGCGCUUUUUGUUAACGAAGGGAAGCAUGGUGGUGAGGCAACCCUUGAAGCUGUUAGAUUGAUUGCAAAUCUUGUGAAGGUCCAUGAUUGCCAACUUCAUCCUAACACUAUAGAGGUUUUCCUCUCCCUGGUGUUUGAUGAGGAUCUUGGGAAGUUUGAGCAUACUGAAGAUAAAAAACCUAUGCCCAGGAAGAUGAAGGGAAGAGACAAAAACAAAGACUCAAAUCAAGUUGUAGUCAAUGAACAUAAGAAAGCUAAGCAAGAACUGAUGGCAAAGACAAGACAAGAGGUUAUUGCAGAUUUUAAAGCUGUAUCAUUUGUUCUUGAUGCAAAAGAGCGGUUAAGGAUGCAAACUGAAACCCUUUCUGCUGUCUUUGAGACAUACUUUCGAGUUCUGAAGCGAAGUAUUGAGACUUCUUCAUCAAGGGCUGAAAACAACGCGUCCUUAUCAUCUGGUGGUUCAUGUGAGGAACACCCACUGCUUGCUCCAUGCUUGAAUGGGCUUGGGAAGUUCUCUCAUUUGAUUGAUUUGGACUUCAUGGGUGAUCUUAUGGGGUGUCUCAAAAAGCUUUCUGGUUACAAGAAUCACUAUGAUGGCUUCUCUCUGCAAAAUUCUUUGUCCGUUUCAGAACGCCUGCAAUGUUGCAUAGUGGCAUUUAGAGUAAUGAGGAGUAAUCUGGAUGCACUGAAUGUGGAUCUACAUGAUUUUUUUGUUCAGCUUUAUAAUCUUCUCCUGGAGUAUAGACCUGACAGAGAUAAUGGUGAAAUCUUGGCUGAAGCUUUAAAGACAUUGCUAUGGGAAGGCAAACAGCAUGAUAUGCAGAGAGCAGCUGCUUUCAUUAAGCGCCUGGCAACAUUUUCUUUGUUCUAUGGAUCUGCAGAGGCUAUGGCAGCCUUGAUUACACUCAAGCAUUUGCUCCAAAAGAACAGCAAGUGUCGGAAUUUGUUGGAGAAUGAUGCUGGUGGUGGUUCACUUUCUGGUUUGAUCGUGAAAUAUCAAGCGGAUGCUACGGAUCCGAAUCUGAGUGGGGCACUGGCAUCUGUUCUAUGGGAGCUUAGCCUACUGGCGAAGCAUUACCAUCCCUCCAUCUCAUCCAUGGCUGCAAGUGUUGCUAGCAUGGCUAGUUUGGAUGCCACACAAAGCCAGAUCUUCCUCUCAACUGCCUCUCCUUUGCAAGGCUUCACAGACUUGUCGAUUGAACGUGAAUUGUUCAAUUUCAAGUCAGCUGGUACACCUGCAUCCUUGAAUCGAAAAAGGAAGAGGGGAAGGGAUUCUGUUCUUAUGAACCGUAACAAAGUUGAAAAUAUGGAUACAAUGGUGGAUGAGGUAGAGGUGAAAAGGAAGUUGGAGGACCAUUAUACAGUUUUGAGAGAUAUUGCUGAAAAUGAGGUGCUGAGGGCGGAGCUGAAUCACACAAUAACAUCAAUCCAGUUAUACGAGGAAUACAAGAUGCAUGAAAAACAAGUUGGCACAAAAAUCAAUAAAAAAAACAAAGUCAGAAAGCGGCUGUGAUGUUGUAUGCAUGCUAGGCUCCUGACUCUGUGCUUUAGAAUUGUGAUCUCAGAGGAUUUUUCAGUAUUUCUAUUUGCCUAUUUGGUGAUAACUGGCUUUAGCUCAUUCCCACAUGAGGCAGUAAGGUUAAAAUUUUGCCAUCUUUGUAUCUGAAAAUGUCAUAUUCUUUGCUGCACUU